GUGCUUGUCGAUGGCAUGCGCGGGCCAUUUUGUCCGCUGCAUAGCCAUUGCCCAACUUAACAUACUAGAAUAUUUAAAAAAAACCAAAUUUCAAAAACUUCAAAUUCUGGCGGCAUAUUUACUAACUCCCAAAAAGCAUAGCAAGAGCACAUCUGAUUAAAUGUUGAGUGGAAGUGAUUGUAACAAGAAACAUAUAAUUUAGCUCGCCUCAUUUUUCAAAUUCUACUGCACUGCGCAUAAAUUCUUCAGGGCAAGUAAAAGAUAAGAUCAAACAAAAUAGGAAACUUUCAGAUACGACUAAAAUUAAGUGUUUGAUAAUGUAUCACACUCUGGUUUUCCAAGUCGGUGCUACCGAUUGCUACUACUUUUUCUGCAGAUGGUUUGUAACCAUUCGUCAAGUUGAUGGUAAAGUGACGAAGCUUCUUGUACAUUCGUCUCUUCCUGCCUGUCUGAGAACACUCAUCUUUGUCCAACAAAUUGUCUUGGGCUUUUCUUUUCUAUUCUACUGGAAGCCGGCAACAAGAAGAUGGCUGUAAUUUUGGAAAAGACCUAUGUACGAGAUCUUGUGGAAAACAAAGGACUCUUAAUCUCUGCACCAGUGAACACAACAGUAGAGCAAGUUCUUAAGAUAAUGGCUGAAAAUGGUAUCACAGCUGUACCAGUAGCCUCUGGCAGUGAACAGUGGACAUCACAAGAGGAAACUCCUAUUAAUAAAAGCACACGCUAUAUAGGAAUAGUUUCAGUGUUUGAUGUUGUGCUGCAUAUUGGGGAGAAACUGAGCGAUGCUGAGAAUUCCCUACAAACUACUGUUGUAGAUAUAAUUGUUCAGUCAAAUGAAAGCAGAUUACUCUGGACAGUUGAUCCAAAUACAAGGCUAAUUGAUGCAAUGGAAUUCCUAUGCAAAGGAGUGCAUAGAUUUCUAGUUCCAGUUAAUGAAUAUCAUGAGACACCAUAUCCUCAUGAAACAACUCAAUUUCGUCUUCUUACACAAACGGACGUGGUAGGUUUCCUGCUACUUCAUAUGGAUGAAAUGGGACCAUGUGUAAUGAGAACAGUAUCAGAGCUGGGUCUCCUCGAUCCAAACUUGGUGGCAUUGGCUAUCCCAUCCAACAUGACACUGAUGGCUGCAUUACGCUUGAUGCAUCACAAGCCUGUUUUCAGUUCCUUUGCAGUUAUAGAACCAGAAGAAGAAGAGGCAUGCUCAGAUACACAUCCAAGUUGGGGUUGUGGAGGCAAACUUGUGGGGAGUCUAUCAGCAACUCAUUUCCGAGGCAUGGGAUUUGAGGACAUAAAGAUGUUGAAACCAGAAACGACCGUUGCAGAGUUCUUUAAGAUGUUAGCAUCUAAGAGUCUCACUAGACCUCUUGUGACAGUCCGUCCAAACACUCCCUUGGCAAGUGUCAUGGGAGCUGCUAUUACAAACAAAGUCCAUCGCGUUUGGGUUACUGAUGAAAAUGGAUGGCUUAUGGGUGUUGUCAGCUUUUCAGACAUCAUUGGUGCUGUCAGAAGAUCGCCCACCAGCUUUGCUGAACGCUGACAAAUUUUACGAUAGCCCGCUUUCUUUCUUUGGCUGCCUAGAUACAGUUAUAAUUUGAUAUACGAAAGCAAAUCAUCAAUCUUCGUGUUAAUAUGCUGUAAUAAAAUUAUUCUCACCAUGUGUUAAUAUCCAUCUUAUCUAUGCAUAUGGAAAGAUGAUUACUUUUAAUUCGUUUCUAUAAAUGCAAGUAAAUUUCACUAACCUGAAGAUCCAUUUAUUUUGGAGAUGUUUUCAUUGACUUCAAACAGGUGGGAUGUCUAUAUUUCCUUUAAAGGCUGUUAAUUCUGAAUUGUAACCA